AUGAUAAAAAGUUUUAUUCUUGGCUUUCCGUUUCCUAGGUUUGGUAAAAAUAAGUCUUGUGAAGUGGUUCCAAAGCUUGCAUUCACGAUGGCGAUGCUUAGGCCACUGAGCGUUAUUGCUCCAAAGGUCUUGACAGACGACCUCUAUAAGGGUGCAAUCGCAUUUGCAACAUGCCCUUUUGGAGUUGGAGAUAAAAUCAAAAUUGAUAAGUAUGAUGGAGUUGUGAAGGAUAUGUCAUUCUGGUACCUGGUGCUUGAAAGGCCUAAAGGAUAUGUCUAUAUUCCUACCUCACAUGUUUAUAGCACAGCUAUUGAACUUUUUAAAUGA